AUUUAUUUUUACAUGCCAUGUGCAAUUUCCGGUUAAUGACAACAACACAAAUUGUAACACGUAUAACAUCGGUUUUCUGUAACUUGACAUUGUUGAUAUGGCCGAUGAGGAUGUCCAUCCCCCGAAUCUACAAAAUGAAAAUCCACAAAUAGUUUCUGAUGUCUUUGGUACUGUGACUGGGAUACUGCAGCAGUAUGGCUGGUUCAUAGUACUGGCAUGUCUAGUUCUGCUGUAUAUCCGCUCCAAAAUCAAACCAGCGUACAACCAGAUGAAAAAGAGAGCUGUGGAAAGCAGAGACAAAAAAAUUGAUCCAGAUGUUGCCCAGAGCCGACUAGAAGCCAUGGAAAGAGCGAGACAGAGACUUCAAGAGGAACAUGACACAAAAGCAUCCCGUUUCAUGGAACAGCAAGUAAUUAAAGAAGAAGAAAAAAGGAAAACAAAAAUAGAAGAAUGGGAAAAUCUCCAACAAGGCAAAGCAUACAGAUCCAAGGUUAAACCUAGAGAGGAUCCCUCAGAAACACCAAAAGGGUUCAAAGCCAAACCAAAGCUUAGGGAUACAGAUUACAGUCCGUUGAUGGGCGGUGGAGGAGGAGCGGGCUACAGACCCUCCCGACGUGCCGGUGGUGGAGGUGGCGGAUGAGGCUAAUUUGUGUGUCGCAUCAAUUAGUCACCUGACUCAUGAGAAUGAGUUUGAGUGGCCGGAUAUGACACACAGAUUUAUUUGAAAUAAUUUACUGAUAGUGGUGGCAACUUUUAUAAUACGAUGCCGUUAAAAUAGCUAUAUGUUUGUUAUAUAAAGUAUGUGUUUAUAAAGCUUUUUAUAACAUGCAUAUGAACCUGUUAUUUUGACCAAAAUGUUCGUAACUUGAUAUCUUAAGACCAAUACUACAUGUGGCAGCGUUAUUAUAAUGAUGUAUUUUGAAACUGAACAAUCGAGAAAAGUUUUGUAUUACAUGCAGAGUGAUACGAAUCUUACGUGAUGCAGUCCGCCUGUUCUCAAGUAACUACAAACAUAGAUACAUCUUCAGCCUUGUACUCUGCACCGGUUAACACUCGCUCUGUGAAUAUCUACAUGUACCCAUUUCUGGUUAUGUCGAUAUACAACUAGUUUGAAUUUCACCGUUCACAGUUAAAAUACAAUGUAGUAUAUGCUGUGUACAAGUAGACACCGUCUUUAAGUAUUCUUCCUCCUUGUAGCGGAUCAAAAUUGAACUGCGUGAUCGUUUCCUGGUUUAUCAUUAUGAUAUGCCAAUUUAUAACAAAUUACCAGUAAAACCUCGUUAUACUGCCAUCAUUUGUUCAGAGAAAUUUCGUUAUUAUGAAGAGGUUUUACGAUAAGCUGAUGGAAAUGUUUCAAUGAAUUCUAAACAAAAAAGAAAAAAGACAGGGACAAUGAAAUAGUUUGGCGGUGAACGAGGUGGCAAAUACAACGAGGGGCAUUACAUGUGCACUUGUAUACUGAGGCUUACUGCAAUAUAUCCGCAAUUCAAUAAGAAUCCGUUAAUUAUAUGAUCGUAUACUGUACCACCACUUUCAGUAAAUUAUAUAUUCCCUGUUUUGAUGGAAUUAUUGGACAAUUAUAGGUCGUACCGAUACAUGUAUCACUUUAAGCUAAUUUGUUGCUUACGCUGAAACGAUAUUGUAAGUAGUAUAUUCUUUUUAUUUGCAUUUUAUUGUGGAUAAAAGAGAUAAAACAAUUUACCUAUUGGUACCUAAACCUGUCCUUUGAUUCUCUAUGACGUUAUGUCGGACAAGAGUUCCACUCCCUGACGUAACUGAUCUCAUCGAAGCUUGGCAAUAACCUCUACCAUAUAAUAUAAUGACUAAAAACAACAAAUACGCAUUGUCGUUCAAAAAAAAUCUUUUUCUUUUAUUGUUAACUUAGUUGUUGCAAAUAGUCUUAGUUACGCUUUUAAGCUAAGUUUAUUGUGUAAAAAGAAUCAUCACGAAUUUAAAACUAUUUGUUAAUGACUUAUCUUUAAUAUACAUUGAAACCUGUCUAAAGUGAACACUCGUGAGGAAUCUAUUAUUUUAAUGGUUACACAGCGUUUCAUUUAGAUAUAUAAUGUUUUAUAUCCGAGACGAACUUCAGAGCCGUACAUCUAAACACUCUUUAACUGUAGAAGUUGGAAGGUAUUCUGAUUUACCUAGAGAACGUAGAUAUUGUAAACAGUGUAACUCCCCCUCUGAAGUAGAGGACGAAUUUCAUCUUUUAUAAGUCUGUUUUUAAUUCCAAAAUCUCAGAUCACGUUUUAUCAAAAGCUAUUAUUGGAAAAAAACAUCUACGUUUAUAGUCGUUCAGUUAUUGAUUGUCCUAUUUAUUAUAAACUGUUUCGGAGUUUCACACAAAUGGAUAAGGAGAGUGUUAAGAUGUAAGACAAGAAACGGAAAUUAGAGAGGUCAUUUGUAUGGCACUAAUUUAAUUGAAAUGUCGUCUAAGAUAUAUUAAAAUAUGUUUUAUAUA